AUGGCUCAGCGAGGAAACCAACUGCUGCACCGGGAGAAAUUCUGCUGUUCAAUCUGUCUGGAUCUACUGAAGGAUCCAGUGACUACUUCCUGUGGACACAGCUACUGCAUGAAGUGCAUUAAAAGCCAUUGGGAUACAGAGGAUGAGAAGAGAGUCUACAGCUGCCCUCAGUGCAGACAGGACUUCAUACUGAGGCCUGUCCUGAGGAAAAACACCAUGUUAGCAGAUUUAGUGGAGGAGCUGAAGAAGACUGGACUCCAAGCUGCUCCUGCUGAUCACUGCUAUGCUAGAUCUGAAGAUGUGGCCUGUUAUGUCUGCACCGGGAGAAAACUGAAAGCCUGUAAGUCCUGUCUGCAGUGUCUGGCAUCUUACUGUGAGAAACACCUCCAGCCUCAUUUAGAAGCAGCUCCAUUAAAGAAACACAAGCUGGUGGAGCCCUCCAAGAAGCUCCAGGAGAACGUCUGCUCUCAUCAUGAUGAGGUAAUGAAGCUAUUUUGUCGUACUGAUCAGAAGUCUAUCUCUUAUCUCUGUUUAAUGGACCAACAUAAAGGUCACGACACAGUCUCAGCUGCAGCAGAAAGGACCGAGAAGCAGAGAGAGCUUGAGGUGAGUUGA